UCGUUUCGUACGCUGGCAGUGUCAGCACGCGGUUCGCGCGCCGUUCCUCCCCCAAUCAACGCACGACAUCUGGCCGAAGACGGACGCUGAUGCGUGAUCUUGUUUCCUGCAGAGCUCCCCCUUCACUAAAGUGACACUGGUCGAGCAGGUCCCCCACAUGGUAUUAAAAUACACUUCGAGCCUCGGCAGUACGUUCGACUAAGGUGUAGAUAGAUGUCUUCAACGGGGAGGAUUGUUGCAUAACUAAGGCCACCAGCGUGUGUAUUUGAUUCGAUGCGGAGCAGCGAUAUUCAGUGACAUUGAUUUGAAGCUACAGUCGGAGUGAAAUUGUGCCAAGAUAGUGAACGAAGCGUGCCUAGUUAUGGCGAAAAAAUAUUUUUGGCUCAUAUUCAAGGUUUUGUUUUGAUUACAGAUUCCGGAUGAAUCGAAUGAAGAAAUCUGAGUGGUGUUAAAAUCAAAGUUUCUCUCCCAGCAGAAUUUCAUGUAGUGACAAAAAAGAAGAAAUGUGUCAUGUAGGUGAUUUUUCGCAAGCUUCGAAUGAAAGAAGAAUAAUAAUGUGAAUCAUUUGAUGGUGUAAAAGGAUGAGUGGUAGCCUAAUAACGGGAGAACACAUAGCAGAUUGACUCAUAAGUGAAUAUUAGGAAAAAUGGCAUUAGUGAAUUACACACUGCCAUUCGGUAGUAUACAAUCCCCUGGUUGGGCCACGGUUAGCCCAAUUCAUAGUCAGCAUGCUUCGGCGGUUAACAAUUUGCUGUAUGGACCCGCCGGUCAUCAAGAGGCAGAUCCUAACGAUCACGGCUUCUACCAAAACAGUCCAUACUCAGUUCCACAGCAGCAGCGAAAUGCUCCUCAGCAAAGUUCCCAGUACCGGCAAACCCCCAGAAACAAUUACCUUCCCCCUUCGCCGCCCUACCAGCAGCCACAGCAGCAAGUUUAUCAGCAACCACAAGCUCAACCUCAGCAGCCCUCCAGAACAUACGGUGAGGGUACUUACUCGCAAGUUCCUUCUCGAACUGCCGCUCCACCGCAAAAUCCUAACUACUACAACCCAAGUGGUUACAACAACCAGCCGCAGCAGCCAACGAGCUACAAUCAACCUUCGAACGUGUAUCGUAGCUCCGGCGGAUCUCCACAAGUACAACUGCCGCAGAACUCCCCCCAGCCGACACCCCCGCCUAACCGAGUCCCGCCGCCGCCGGUGAGUAGUGGCCGUGGCAUCAGCAGCACCUCAGUCGGCAGCUCCAUUCCGGAACGGCCACCCGGGUUCGUCAAAGUGAAUGCCGGCCAGGGCUCGCGAACACAAGUGCACGCCGUGCUGGACUACGACGAUGAUGGCGAAGAGGAGUACUACGACGACGGCGGGGACGGUGCGACGGCUGGCGGUCCGCGAACUCCCGAUCGGAAAAACUCUCGCAUGCCAACGGUAACACCCAUCCAGGGUCCAAUUUUUCUCAAGAAUGGAACAGUUCCUGUCGUGCCAUUAUUUGCGUAUCCUCAAGUUAGCAAUGGAACGUUCGUCCAGAUACCGCGUGGAGCCUUCCUUGGCCAAGCGAUCUGGUGGACGGCCCUAUCAGUAGCGCUCGGUCUCAACGUGCGGGGAGAUGUGAUCAAAGGUGUUCCUUGUGUUAAGAAGAAUCAUCAGCUGUUUUGUCCUACGGCUGGAAAUAGUUAUCCAAUAGACAAAAUCGAGACGUUUAUCGAUGAAAAUAAGGCGCUAAUGAAACGAAUGUACGGAGACUUCGAAAUGACUUCGAGGUUUCCGCCGGGGCAGAACAACCGAAAAAGGAAACGGCACGUUCAGGGAAUGGACGAUGAGUUUACGAUACUGCCAGAGCUGAUGGAUCUGUAUGGAGUACCAGGCUCACUAGACGCUCCGGCGUUUUCUGGAGGCAACGGGGAUUCCUACUUUGGCCGGUUACGGGAUAAAAGGCAGAGUUCCAACAAUCGAGGUAAUGGUAAUGCUGGAUCGAACGGGAACAACAACGGCAAUGGCAAUGGAAACGGUAAUAGACCUAAUGCAAGGCAGGGUUCGUCGACUGACAGUAGUGGGGAGAGUACGGGAAGGGUGGACGCAUGCGAAUCUAAAAUCGAAAUCGUCACCCCUUAUUGGGCAUCCAACUCGGCAGGAAAAGUACGUGCCAUCGUAAAUACGCAGCAUUUUGAGCAGGCUAUCCACCAGGAGGUUUGUUCGAAAACGCAAACUUCUCGCUGCUCUGGAGAUUGCGGCUGCGAGCAGAAGUACAAAUGGCAUCGAUUACUGGCCUACGAUCCGGACAACGAUUGCAAGGGUAUCUUCAUGGAUUGGUUCCUGUUUCCUUCCUGUUGCGUCUGUCGGUGUGCUCCGUGAAGACCAUUUAGUCGUGCGUAGUGAGAAUCGAUCAUCUUCCAAAUCCAAAAUAACAAAUAGAUACUUCAACUGACCAGAGACUAGUUUGAUGCGAUCGGUUUCGCCAAUAAGAGUCAAACGCGUGUGGAGUGAAAGAAUGCGGGAUGUGUAAGGACGCCAAUACGUUUAAGAUAGAUAAUACUGUAAUGUUCUAGUGAUAGACUUGUAGGAACAAUCCGCGGAAACUAUACGAAAGAGAUUCAAUGUUUAAUCUAGAAUUGUUUUAGCUGCUAACGCGAUAGUCGGUAACUUAAGAAGCGCACUGAACGAAACAAACAUUAUUUCACCAUUCGAGGAGGACCGCGAUAAAAAAUCUAAACCAAUUUAAACUCACGUGCUAGUUAGUAACGCCGUACUCGUUACCCAACUGGAAACUGUUUUAAAACCAAACGUUGUCAGAUUCGACUUGAAAAGUUAAGUUAUUUCUCUUCUGUAAAUACUGUAGAUUAAAUUAUUUCUACGAACAA